CCUUAAACCCUGAGCGCGCUAAGGGAAGUGAUUCAAUGGCUGAGAACGAAGGUAAGGAGGAGGAAAAGAAGUUCUCCAUAUGGGACUUGCCGGACGUUCCAAUGGGCAAGCUGCCACCACACCUUGAGCUCCAGAGAACUCGUGUUGUCUGCAAUGUCGAUGCUCCAAUUCAUACAGAGAGUAUACAAUAUUCUGGUGCUUAUGCAUCAAUGGGAGUCGAUAACAGUUUACGGCUUGAUCACUUCUCCAAUAACUUUAGAGUUGAAGUGGUUCGGCUUACAGAGGAGGUCAUGGAGUUUGAUAUGAUUGGUAUUGAUGCAGCAAUUGCCAAUGCAUUUAGGAGGAUACUCAUAGCUGAGGUUCCAACUAUGGCUAUUGAGAAAGUUUUAAUUGCUAAUAAUACAUCCAUAGUCCAAGAUGAAGUUCUUUCCCAUAGGUUGGGUCUCAUUCCAAUAAGUGCUGAUCCAAGGCUCUUUGAGUAUAUGUCAGACAAUGAUCAGCCGAAUGAGAAGAACACCAUUGUUUUCAAACUACAUGUUCGUUGUAAAAAAGGUGGCCCACGUUUUACAGUCAAAUCCGAUGAACUGAAGUGGCUACCACAGGGGAGUGAAUUUGUUAAGGAUUCAAGAAGUGCUACUUCAAGUUCAAAUUCAAAGCCUGAAACCUAUACUUCAUUCACUUGCAGACAAGACUCCUUGCCAGAUUUUGUAAACAAUGCCCCUGGCCCCAAGUAUCUGGAUAUUAUUACUGCCAUACUUGGCCCUGGACAAGAAAUUGAAUUGGAAGCUCAUGCUGUUAAAGGAAUAGGUAAAACACAUGCCAAGUGGUCUCCUGUGGGUACUGCUUGGUAUCGAAUGCUUCCUGAGGUUGUGCUGUUGAAAGAGGUUGAAGAUGAUGUUGCAGAAGAACUCAAAAGGAGAUGCCCAGUUAAUGUAUUUGAUAUUGAAGAUAUUGGAAAUGGUAAGAAGAGUGCUACUGUUGCACGUCCACGAGAUUGCACCCUUUGUAGAGAAUGCAUUAGAGGGGGUGAAGAAUGGGAGAAACGUGUGGCUCUACGCCGUGUUAAAGAUCAUUUUAUAUUUACCAUCGAAUCAACUGGAGCAUUGCCUCCUGAAGUGCUAUUUACAGAAGCUGUUAAGGUACUUGAAGAUAAAUGUGAACGUGUGAUUACGGAUCUCAGUUGAUGCUUUUUUACAUGUUUAGCACAACGAUGCUGCAGCAACGGACGUGUAAAAGAAAUGGAAACCAACAAUUUCUUCACCAGAUUAGAAUAAUAUCUAAGGUGAAAUUUUGUGUGUUCGGGUAGUGGAGCAUUCUAUUGGCAAUAGGACAAUAAGAUUGCCGGCUUUUGUUAAUCCCAAAUCUUUAGCAUCAUGAACCACACAGAAUCAAAGAGUACAAUCUACACCUUGGUUCACAUGAUGCUCACAGAAUCCUUUAUGUAACUAUCACAUGAUACUUUCCCUCAUUGUCAAUUUGCAGAUUGUAUAUUUCAAUUUGCCAGAUCUUUAAAGAAUAUUUCAUCUUGAUUUGUGUUUGCCCAUAUGCUGCAUGUGACAAUGGAUGAGUAUAAAGACAAAGGAAUCUA